GAAGGAGUAUUUGCACCCCAAGGAAUACGAAUGGGCGCUGAUCGCUGGCUACAUCGUCGUCUUCAUAGUGGCUCUCGUCGGGAACGUCCUAGCAGCUGAGUUACUGUCUGUUGCACAAGUGGAAUUUGUCAGAGAAGAACUACGAUGGACUGUUCCCCAGGGUAAGGAGAACUAGGAGCUGAGGCCAGCAGCAAGACUGACAGGGCACUGUGCUCACCAAUACAGUCUCACUGUGCCCAAGAGCUUGGUAGGUCUGGUAAUGUUUACCAGGUUUCAGUCACCUCCCAGCAAUCACCAGACAAAUCCAUAGUGACAAAGCAGGUCUAAGGUUAAGUCAGAAAGUCAAGUCAAUGGAUAAGGAUUACAAUCAAAUUCAGCAAGGCACAAGUGUACUUGCAACAUGGUCUUUGCCUGAGCUAAGUGUGAGAGCCUGAGCUUAAAUGCAGCUCCAAGGCAAAGAAGUGACCCACAGAGGAGUUCUCCAAAGGCUGUGUUCCCAGCAGCCAGAUGCUGCCCUGUAUCAGAGCUGGCCUACAGCAUGGGCACUAACCCCUGGGGUUGCAGAGCCUGGGGGUGCACUCAGCCCUGACAGAACUGUGCUCUGUCUACUGGUCCUUAGCACAGUAAGACUGCAAGGAUUUUAGCCCAGUUUGUGGAAUAUAAUACUGACAACGAAGAAUUCACGAUAGAGAUUCCGAAAUUGUAUAACAUGCAAGAUAUUUGCUGGAGCAUGCCACUAGCAUAGUGAAUUGUACUUUCUUUGUAUAUCCUAAAGAAAAGUCACUUUUACAUCUACAUUAGAAACAGACAUGGACAUGAAAAGGUUUUUCCUAGUGCAACUCCAUUUUACAGUGACUGACAGAUGCUUUUUUAAGCAUGCUGUUUCAAAAUUGCACAGCAUUUCAGCUGUGAAGCACACCUUGAUUUUAACGAUUCACGCGCAUUUAAAUUGAAUCAGUGAAGUGUGAAAUCUUUUUAUCAUAGCAUCAUGUACAGUAUGACAGCUAUAUUUUGGCUCUUCCAUCUGUAACAGGAAGUGUGCAUAAGGAUUUUGUAGGCUUUUUAUUGUUACUAUGGAUAGAAAAAUAGUUUUAUCAAUUAUUAUUAUGAAACAUCUGGUCAAUCAGUAUAGCCAGCUCUGCAGAGAUUACCAGGUUUGCCAAUUAAUACUGGCAAUGAUUUGUGUAUGUGUGUUUGUGUGUGUGGUGGGACACUGUAAAACCAAUUUGUCUGUGUUAAUCAAUGCAGUUAGAUUAGGAAAACUCUAUGAUGGUACCUUUUUCUUCCACCAGAGCUGACCAAAUCUGGCAUUUUGGGCAGUCUUUUUUUAUAGCAUAGCUGAUCUUCUGGUAAUAACUCCCAUUUCCAUUAGAUUGUUAAUUGCCUAAGAUUAUGUGAUGUGACUGAGUUAGAAAAUGAAUCCUGUGCUAAUUAGAUGGUUGUGCUAUUACUCUCAAUUGCAAUCUAUUGAAAUAAGCUUCCAGCACAGAACUCAGUUCUUGUUUUCUUUAACACCUAUUAUUAUUAAUUAUUAUUAAUAAGGCAGCACCUAAAAUGUAGAAUUAGGCUGGAGAACAUGAGUUGUCCACAGCCCUCAACUCUGAAGAUCUCUUAAGAGCUUCAGGACAAUAGAACACUUGGUAGCUAGAAAACAUCUCAGAAAAUACAUUGCUGCAAGCAAACUAGUUGCUGUAUAUCUGUUUUAUUUAUGUAGGCCCUCAUUGUGGUAGACAGUUCCCCAUUAGUACAUUUCAGUGAAGCUGAUAUUCAACAAAAUACUUUGAGAUUUCUUAUGUUCUGUGUUAUUCAACUAUAUUUUGUACAGUUUUGGUAUUUUACCUGUGUGAUGGAACCUAUGCAUAUGUAAUGGUUUAUGUGUGAUACAUAGGGAGCAUGACCUAACCACCUACUCCUUCUGUCAUGUUUCUAAGAAUUUGUUGACACACCUGGUGUUUCCUCUUCAUAAGUAGCUAUCACCUCACUGGUAGGCUGUGUAAUUCCUUUGCCCAAAGUAUUGUCUGUCUUUUCAGCUAUCGCAUCACAUAUUCAAGGACAGUUCUUAUCUGCUGGGCAUUGUUACCAGAUGUAGGAUUUUUUAAAAAUAUUCCCUUUAUAAUAAAUCUUGUAUUAAAAAGCGUCUUUUCUUUGUGUCAUUCUUUCUAUUACUUGUCAACAUAAACCAGGUUUCAUGUUGGUCUCCUUUUUUCAGAUAAGAUUAGUUAUGUAAAAAUGAAGUAAUGUUUGAACUUAGACCUUAAUAGUGGGUAAGAGAUGGACAGUCUAGGAAGCAGUAGAUAUCAUCUCCCUAUUCAAAGAAGAGAUCGCUUUGUGUUAGAUCUUUUGUUCUCAUUGCUAGUUUCAAAAACUGCUAAUUAAAUAUCCACUGCAAUAUAGUUAAUGUGCUUCUCUCCCCUUAACCAAGAUCAUCGAUGAAGUUAUUGAAAGACUCAUGGGAAGCCUUCCUCACACAAAUAAAAUAACCUUAGUCUUAGCCACCUAAUUUUUAGACUCUUAAGUCAAAGUAGGAGAAUCCUUAUUCAGGAAUCGGUCAUAAUGAAGGUAGUUUUAAGGAUAGCCUUUCUUCAGCAUUUCCACAGGGGCUCUAGCUCUCUAGAAUUCCAGUUGGCAGACUACCAACAGCCUUCCUUUAAAGAUGAUUGUGUUGCUCAACACCCCACCACUCAGAUAUUGAUUUGCAGCAGAUAGUAUCACUAAAAAAGAUCAAAAGGGAGAAUUCCAUAUGCAGAACCAAUUAAUUGUCAGGGGAAAACAAUUUCUUGGGGGGACAGGAGGUAGAGAAUAAAUAAUGUGUAACUCAAAUUUAUUUAUCACACUUUUUACCACUGUUUGACUGAAAAAUACUGUGAAGGAGUAAAGCUUUUUAGAAGCUUUCUGCCUCAUGCAUUUGGAGAUGUUGAGGACCAGUGCUUACAAUCACAACAUCAGUUCCAAAUAGCUGCUGGAUGACCAUGUUGUGAUACUUUAGUCAAACAAUUGUGAUACUGAAUUAUAAAGCAAAAUAAAAUCAUUGAGGUUUAGUAUGAAAAAUUAUUCUUCUUUGUUUACAUCCAUCUGAGAUUAAUUACUUAUCAAAAGUAAAAUAAGAGGUAGUGUCAUUCCUUUAUAUAUAUAUGGAAAUGUCAGUUGUUGCUGGUUAUGGAAAUUACAUUUCUGCUUUGCCCAGAAAGUCACACUGAAAGAUGACCCAAUGAAUAAGAGGUUGACAAGACUUCUGGAGUGUAAGGAAAAUGAUUUAGGGUUGACAUGUAGAAAACAAAUUGACAGCUGACCCAGCAGUCCACCAGCAGAAGAACUGCAGCAGAAGAACUGCAGCACAGUGUUUAAUAUGCUCAAGACAGCAUAAAUCUUCCAGGAGGCAAGCAGCUGCACUUUAUUCCAGAUGGAGCCUUUGUAUUGUUUUCAUAUUCAGCUUGAUACACAAUGAGCUGUACUAAUUGAUUAAAUGGCAUUACAGCCUCUAAUUAAAAUGCCUCAGGACACUAAACCAACAGGGACUAGACUAAAUUUAUAUUUGAAAAUACCAGUCUCACCAUAUUGUCAUAUUAGAGAGGUGUUUGUUUUUUUCUUCAGGAAUAUAAUGAGGAGAAGCUUUCUUGAUGGCUUUCUAAUAGUAUUUGUCUUUAAUUUUAACUUUGAUUUUAACUUUUUAUGUUUCGUCCUUGCUGAGACUUUCCUGCGAGGCUUUUGGGGGAGCGGGAUGAGUCCCGAAACAAGCUUCGUUUUGGCAGAACUGUCCUCGCUUGGGGAAUGCCUCCACAAGUUUUUCCAAACACUGUCAGCCUGGCGACUCCGUCUGGUUUCCGAGCCUUCACCGACACUGUGUGGCAGAGGAAGGAACAGCAAGGGCUUUGCUUAAAGCUGCUGGAGUCUAGCGAAAGUAAAGCGCCAGAGUUUGCAUUGCAGUGUGGAAGAACCAUCACAUGCGGACAGUUACCAACUAUUUCAUAGUGAAUCUUUCUCUGGCUGACAUUCUGGUCACAAUUACUUGUCUUCCAGCAACUUUAGUUGUGGACAUCACAGAAACGUGGUUCUUUGGGCAGACCCUCUGCAAAGUGAUUCCCUACUUACAGACAGUUUCAGUCUCUGUGUCUGUACUAACACUCAGCUGCAUUGCUUUGGAUCGAUGGUAUGCAAUUUGUCACCCUUUGAUGUUUAAAAGCACAGCCAAGCGAGCAAGGAACAGCAUUAUAAUUAUCUGGAUUGUGUCCUGCAUCAUAAUGAUUCCUCAGGCUAUUGUUAUGGAGUGCAGCAGUGUGUUCCCAGGAUUAGCCAAUAAAACCACCUUGUUCACAGUGUGUGAUGAGCACUGGGGAGCUGAGGUUUACCCCAAAAUGUAUCACACGUGCUUUUUUCUGGUGACAUACAUGGCACCACUGUGUCUUAUGGUGUUGGCCUAUUUGCAGAUAUUUCGAAAGCUGUGGUGUCGCCAGAUCCCAGGAACUUCUUCUGUUGUUCAGAAAAAAUGGAAGCCUCUGCAGCCCUCAGCACAGCCCCGAGGGCUGGGACAAUCAACAAAGUCAAAGAUUAGUGCUGUGGCAGCUGAAAUAAAACAGAUUCAUGCAAGAAGGAAAACAGCACGUAUGCUAAUGGUUGUCCUCCUGGUUUUUGCGCUUUGUUAUCUACCAAUUAGCAUCCUCAAUGUCUUGAAAAGGGUUUUGGGGAUGUUUAAUCAUGCUGACGACAGAGAAACUGUGUAUGCCUGGUUCACAUUCUCACACUGGCUUGUAUAUGCAAACAGUGCAGCCAAUCCUAUUAUUUAUAACUUCCUCAGUGGGAAAUUUAGAGAAGAAUUUAAAGCAGCAUUUUCCUGUUGCAUCUUUGGCAGCCACCAUGACGAACGGUUCACCAGAGGUCAUGCCAGUACAGAGAGUCGGAAGUCCUUGACCACCCAGAUCAGCAAUUUUGAUAAUGUUUCAAAACUUGCAGAACACGUUGUAUUGACCAACAUAAAUACAAUCCCAUCAAAUGAUAUUCCAGCUGUGCUCAACCCAUCAAAAUCAAUGGAACUGCAUCUCCACAUACCAGGAAUGAACAUGACUUCAAACAUAGAUGAAGCCAUGACAGUUUCUGCAGAAGACACUCUCAACACAGAGAAUGUAGAGUGGGAUAAAUUCAUCCCUAGCAUAACAAAACUUACCUCGAUGGAGUUACAGCAAGGAUGACUUUGGCUCAAUACACUACAAACAACAGUGUGGCACAUGCUUUUAGGUGUGAUACAGACUACAAUAACUGGACAAAGGGAUUCCUUCAAAAUAACUGCCUAUUCUAUUUUUUCUCAGUCUUACAGAAACCUACUUACCUCAGUAUGAGCUAAAGAACACGUCUUUACAAGUCUUUUUAAAGAUUGUAUUGUAUCAUACUUUGUAAAUACUGUAGAUAUUUAUUUUUAUAUAUUUUAGAUGCUGUGGAACGUUCUAAAAUGUAUCAUAUAAAGAAAUCUAAAUAUUUGAAAAAAGUCUCAAACAUCAUUUAUUUAUAUCCUCUUUCUAUAAAUGAUUUCUAUAAAUUCUAUGUUCAUUAUGGAACUUUCACUUCAGAUUGAUUUGGCAAGAGUCCACGUUACUUUUCCAAGCACAGAUAUGCUUCUGAAGUGUGAACCCAAAGUGCUGAAAGUCACAGAUGUUUUCAUAAAUUUACACUAAAAGCCUUUCUUUUUUUCUUCAGACUUGAGUGCCUAAAAAGUAACUAUCUAAAUAAAACUUAUGUGAUGCUCAAUGGUGCUAUAGGCUCAAAAUUCCUGCUCAGGCCAAUAGGAAUAAGAAGUGUCAGCACCCCCGAAGGACAGCACAUUUUAACUUUUGUCGGUCAUUUUAGUCCAUAAUAUCUGCAAGUGUUGUUCCAGAAGAUCUCUGAAGAUCUUUGGAAAACAUUGGUUAUCUUUCUUGUUUUCUUGAUUUCUCUCUCAACUGCCAUUUGAUAUUAAAAUUAAAAAUAUACAAUCAAUUAACAAAUCUAUAUGCCAAGAAAAUGUUGACUUUUUCAACAAUUGAAAUAAAAUAUUUAUCUCUGGAAAUUAUAGAGGUGAUAUCUCUUUGGACUGAUAGAUAAAGCGCUCACUCAUACAUUUUCCAAUUAUGGGAUAAUCUCCCUGGCCUGGGGCUUCCUACUAUGUAUUGCAAUUUUUCUUUUAAAGGAUGGUGCAUCACUGGAGACUUAGUCUACUAGAUGAAUGUGGCCUAUGGGUUAGAAAAAGGCUAAUCUGUCAGAAUUACCCUGUGGUACUACUCUUGCAUUUCAGUUCAGAUUUUUCAAAAGAAAGGGUAAGAUGGGAGGGAGGAAUUGCUUUUCCCUAAAAACCAUUUGACAUAGAAAAAAGUCUUACGUAUUCAAAUGUUUCUACAAAGCCAAUUAUUCACAGACUAGAUGUUAUUUGAAUAACUUAUGUAAAUAUUUUUUCUAGGUUUUGCUUUGAGCUAAUGUCAUGCAAUGUACUAUCUAUCAUGGCAGCUAUAGUUUUAUGAAGUGCUUAAUCACUUUAUGUUUUAGCCUCCCCCAGCAGCUGUUUUACUUGACAUUGUUGCAAUUGCUCCAUGUUUACAUUGGUGUUGAAAGAAAAAAAAAAUGCAUUUGUUUAUAUAUUAAAGUUUUCUGUUAAAAGAGAAAAAGGAGAAUACUCUUUUCCAAUUAAAAAAAAAAAUAAUGAGAAAUAUCUAAAUGGAAAGAAUGUUUAAAUAUCAAAUAAAAUAAUAGGAAUUUCUAUAUUUCUCUGUAUAAGCUUAAUAUUUGAGUAUAGCUAUUAUGUCAAUGUUAUUUCAAGAAAUUAUUUUACUUUGUCUCUUCUAAGAAAAGAAAACCCAAAUAAUUGUGGAAAGCACAGCAGGAUUUGAUUUUUUAGCUAUUGCAGUUCCUUUACCAUUAGAAGGCUAUUUUUGCUCUUCAACCACAGAUAAUAUAGAAUUUUUAAAAUGGGAAACAAGAUAUACUUUUUUCUAUAUAAUUUGAAAUGAUUGAAGAAACAGCUGCUGAAUUAAAACAUUACAGAAAUAGGAAAAUGGAAUUUGAAAAGUCCUCUAAGUUUUUCUUCUGUUUUCAUAUAAGCAAGUAAAAAUUAAAAAAAAAAUAAUUAAAACUAGUAACUAGAUGCAAAAUAAUUAUCAGCAAUCAUUUAUUUGAGACAUAAAAUGUCAAUUAAGCCCAAAUUUUGGAAGGCUACACUUUAAUUUCAGAAAAUGUAUUUUUAGCUUUUCCUUGAAGAGAGAAAGAACGCAGAAAGUACCUGGUUAUCCAAGAAAACCUGGACAGCAUAGAAGGGGAGUAGGUAUCCUUUUCAAACAUAAAAGGUCACAGGUCACACAUAAAAGAUGAGCAAAAUUCUUAUGCCUUGUCAGGUGUGUUGCUCAGAUCCCUGUGAGAUUAACAGGGAGGGAAAGAGUACAGUAUUUCUCACCUGGGCCAGGACAUAAGGAACUAAAACAACAAUGUUAGUGAUACUCUUGGAAAAGUCCUAAUUAGCAUCUUUCUAAAGGGGGGUGAACACCACCUGCCAACACAACUUGUCUUCUUUUUGUUGCUACCUUAAUGCCAGUGGGAUAAAUUGUGUUAGUUAAGUCGGUUCUGUGGCAAGAACAUCAUUAAAGGUCAAUGGCAGUUUUGGGCUCUUGCAGGUCUUCUGUGCCAUCUUAGAAAUGGAGGUUCUGGCCUUAAUUUUCUCUUUUGUAACAGAAAAUGUCUCUUUUGCUCUCUUUUUUCUCUUUUCUUGUUUUCACUUAGAUCUCCAAAAUUAAAAUAUUCCAACAUUUUUAGGAAUUUCUUUUAGCCAUAAUUUUAACUUAACAGUAGUUUUUAUGUAAAGAAAAUAAAUAAAAAAUGAGACAUUAACAAACAAUUCUGGAUGUUCCUCUGGACAGUUUUUGUUGAGUAAAUAGCAUAUCUUUCAGAUACAAAUGAUACAAUCAGAGCUUAUCUAAGAUUUGAAAUUGUAAGGAUAGCUAAAGAGUGUUAACUAAGGACUGGGAACUUCCAUGGUUAUCAAGCUAAAAAUUGGUUAAAUAUGGUUAUCAAGAUAAAGAUUUGGUUAUUUUAAUGAAAAGACUUUUCAUUCAAAAAUUUCUGGAUUCUACGAAAUAAAUAUUUUUGAUGCAAA